GUUCAUUCAUCUUCACCAAGUACACUCCUUUCCCAAUAACAACCUAUUACACUUAUAUAUAUAGUCGCCAGAGGGGUAUACAAGGACACACACACCCCUCAGUGAAAGUCUCGAUACAAUCAUCAAGAUGGACACUUCGGUCCCUACUUUCGUCGUCCCGGACGAACCACAAGAUCAUCCACAUCCUCAUCAUCAUUUACAAUCUGACACUUCUACUUUGGCGAAAACACCUUCCAGACAAUCGGCGAAAAGCCAUGCCGCUUCUACUUUGACAGUACAGGAUCAAGAGGAGGAAGGGACGUUAGGAGGGGAGUUGGAAAAAGGUAAAGAUGAAGGAGGUGAGGAAGAAGUGGAAGAUACGGGUUUGUUAACUGGGGCUAGGUUGUAUUUAGUAUUCCUGAGUAUGAUGUUAACAAUUUUCAUGUUCGCUCUCGACCAAUCUAUCGUCUCCACUGCUAUCCCAGUCAUCGUAUCAGAUUUCAACGCUUUUGAUCAAGUAGCAUGGAUCGUCACUGGUUAUUUCCUCACCCAAUGUGGUCUCAUCUUACUAGUCGGUCAACUCCUGACUGCUCUCAAAGCGAAAUGGAUGUUGUUAGGAGCUAUUUUCUUCUUCGAGCUCGGUUCUUUGAUCUGCGCCGUUGCACACAGUAUGAACAUUCUCAUUUUCGGUCGGGCAAUUCAAGGUAUCGGAUCUAGUGGGAUCUUUGUUUCCUGUCUCGCUGUCAUCGCUACCAUCACCCGAGUAGACCAGCGAGCGGCAUUCAUGUCCGCAUUUGGAAUCGUAUUCGUCAUCUCCUCCGUCGUUGGUCCCCUCCUAGGAGGUGUCUUCACUCAACGAGUAACUUGGAGAUGGUGUUUCUGGAUCAAUCUCCCAGUUGGUGGAAUUGCCGCCGCUGCAGUGCUUUUCCUCCUCCCCGCUCGUCCUCCUGAGAAGAGAGAAGGUUUCACUCCCGGUUGGAGAGGUCUCAAACAAAUGGAUUACAUCGGAACGGCACUCAUCUUUGUCUUGGUCACUUGUCUCCUUUUGGCCUUACAAUGGGGAGGUAAUGAGUAUGCUUGGAGUAGUUGGCGCAUCAUCCUUCUCUUCACUUUAGGAGCCGCCCUCGUUCCCAUUUUCGCAGCUUGGGAAUGGUAUCGUGACAAUCUUGCACUUCUCCCUCGAAUUUUCCUAAGAAAUCGCACAGAAGUAGCUGCGGCAAUAGCCAUGUUCUUCUACAGCAUGGUAAUGCUCGGAGGAGUAUAUCAACUUCCAUUAUAUUAUCAAGCUGGUAGAGGACAUACACCUGAGAAAUCGGGGAUUGAUAUCAUACCGUUUAUGAUCAUGGUUUGUGUUGGAAUUUUUGUUGCGGGUGGAGUGACGACGAAGACUGGGAGAUAUUGGUAUUUCCUGGCUAUCGCACCUCCUAUCGCAGCCGUCGGCUUUGGUCUACUUUACACAAUCAAACCCGACACUUCGAACGCAAAGAUUAUAGGUUAUCAAAUUCUUAGUGGAUUCCCUAUUGGACUUGGAUUCCAAAUGCCAAUCAUAGCCGUUCAAGCCGAAUGGUCCAAAACCCCAAACUUAAUCCCACAAGCAACAGGAGUAUUAUCAUUCUUUCAACUCACAGGUUCAGCAUUAGGUAUCGGGAUAGUCAACACUGUUCAAUCCGUUUAUUUAAACAAAGAAUUACGAUUACUAGCUCCUGACGCACCAUUCGAAGUUGUCAGACAAAGCGUUUCUGCGAUAUCAACAUUAUCACCCGAAAUGCAAAUCCCAGUCAUUGCAGCUUAUAUAAUAGCCAUAACGAAAUCUUUGAUACCUCUUAUCGUAGCUUGUGGAUUAGCUUUAGCUUCAGGUGUGUUUAUAAGGAAUCAUAAUAUGUUAUUGAUGGGUGGAUCUGGACAUGCUGCUGCUUUGUAAAAGUAAAUAGCAUUGCUGUUUUAGAGUGUGUGAUGUGAUUUAAUUUGUUUUUUGUUUUG